AUGCCAAAGAAAAAAGGACAAAAAAAGGCCAAACAAUUAUCAAUUUCUCAGCAGAUAAAAGAGAAUCAACAUGAAGACAAUAAUGUUAAUGAGGAAGAGAAAGAUAAAAAAAGCCACAAGCUUUUACCUGAAAGAUUGCAUAUUGAUGAGACCUACAGAGCUUAUGGAUUGCGUCAAAGAGUAAUAAGAGCAUUAUAUUAUACAUAUGGUGACUUUGUAGAAAGAGCUGGACAGUAUGAGGCGUUUAAAAUACCACCACAUACAUUGUUAAAACAAAAGUGUGUCAGCGUUUGGUAUUCCAAGGGUCAGUUGUACUGGAAUAUAUACAUUAAAUUUAAGAAGAGCCUAAUUAGGCCACUUACUACAUUUGAAGAUGAACGCAGGGUUUGUGCUAAUCCUGAAGAAGAUAACAUAGUUCUUCAGAUUUGUAGCAAGCAUGUCUACAACAUUCCACCAUUGAUGGGUAUGACCUUAUCAAGUUUUUGUUUGUCAUAUAUGUCACCAGGACUCAAACUCCAGUUGGGCUUUAGAAGUCCUCCUGAGGCAAUUUCAAAUUUCCAGGCAUUGCGUCAUGUUGUACUGGACACAGUUUGUAAGUGGAAUAUAUAUGAAUGGUGGCAUCCAAAAUAUCCACAUUUUGAAGUUAAGCCUCCUCCCUUAAUGAAAGAUGAAGAAUCCUCACCAAUUUUAGAGGUUGACUUUUUUGAUUUGACUGAUGAGGAUUAA